CCGCCGCCGCCCCCCAUGGGCCAGUGCCCCUCCGCCCCGCGCCGCCGCAAGCCCCCGCCCCCGCCGCCGUCCCCGUCUCUAGCCCUCCCCUCGCCGCCGCCGCCGCAGCUCCUCGCCUCCAUCGCCGAGGCCGCCGGGGAGGACCGCACCGCCGACCUCCCCGAGGAUCUCCUCGCCCUCAUCUUCGGCCUCCUCGGCUCCCGCGAACGCAAGCGCUGCUCCCUCGUCUGCCGCCGCUGGCUCGCCGCCGAGGCCGCCUCCCGCCUCCGCCUCGCGCUCGACGCCAGGGCGCCGCUCCUCGCCGACUCCGCGCUGCCCCGCCUCCUCGCGCGCUUCCCGGCCGUCUCCAAGCUCGCGCUCAAGUGCGACCGCCGCGCCGAGAGCGUCGGCGACCCGGCCCUCGCGCUCGUCGCCGACCGCCUCGGCCCGGGCCUGCGGCGCCUCAAGCUCCGCUCCCUGCGCGCGGUCACAGACGAUGGGGUCGCCGCGCUCGCCGCCGCGGCCGCCAACCUCCGCAAGCUCUCCGUCGGCUCCUGCGCCUUCGGGGCCAAGGGAAUCGAGGCUGUUCUCCGCUGCUGCCUACAGCUCGAGGAGCUCUCCAUCAAGCGCCUCCGUGGCCUCGCUGACUCGGAGCCUAUUGCCGUCUCCGGUCCACGCCUCCAGUCCUUGUCGCUCAAGGAUCUCUACAAUGGCCAGUGCUUCUCCUGUUUAAUCACCCAGUCGCCCAACCUCAAAACCCUCAAGAUUAUCCGAUGCUCCGGCGACUGGGACCUCGUGCUCCAGGACGUCCCAAAGGAUUCCAUCCUAUCCGAGCUCCACCUCGAGAAGCUGCAGGUCAGCGACCGUGGUGUAGCCGCCUUGUAUGGGCUUGAGGUCCUCUACCUUGCAAAGGCACCUGAGGUCACGGAUGUUGGGUUAGCCGCGCUUGCUGCCAAGUCACCACGUCUCCGCAAGCUGCAUGUUGAUGGAUGGAAGGCGAACAGGAUUGGUGACCGUGGACUCGCUGCCGUGGCACAGAAAUGUGCCAGCUUGCAGGAAUUGGUCCUUAUUGGUGUGAAUUUGACAUAUUCCAGUCUUGAAUUGAUUGCUGCCAACUGUCCCACCCUGGAGCGGCUUGCGCUGUGCGGUUCCGACACAUUUGGAGAUGCGGAGAUAUCAUGUGUUGCGGCUAAAUGUGCUGCCUUGCGUAAGCUGUGCAUCAAGGCAUGUCCUGUGUCUGAUGUGGGGAUGGAUAAGCUUGCCGAAGGCUGCCCACGCCUCGUCAAGGUUAAGGUGAAGAAAUGCCGCCGGGUGACAUCUGAGUGUGCUGAGCGUCUCCGGGCUAGCAGGAAUGGGGCACUUGCUGUCAAUUUUGACACUCCAGGCGGUGCUGGUGAGUUGCAGGAUGCUCGGAGCAUUGACGAGAGUGGUGUUCUGGACAAUGCUGGGAGUGAUGUGCCACCAGAGGAUUUGGAUGAUCGGAUAGGACCGGACAUCUCAAGUGGGAGCAGCGGCAGGCCUUCAAGAUGGAAAGCACGGAUGGGUGCUUUGAUGCCAAGGAGCUUGUCUGUUUCGAUAUUCCGAAGGCAAUCGCAUGGAGCCAGCUAUACAAGUCAUGAGUCAUGAAAUUGGAUGCCAUGGUUGCUCCUUUAGCCCUUCAAUUCUUUUAUGUUUGUAUGUUAAAUUAAUUGGUGAUGUUAUUUGUUGUAUUUCUGUUUCGUUCUGGAUGGUACCAUGCUGUUCUUUCUGAUAAAGAAUUUAGUUUAAAUUGGUAGCUUUGAAGUUGGAGGAUACUUAUUAUUUGAUUUUCGUCCUAGUAGCAGGGGUUCAUGCAAUUGCAUGCUGUAAUCUUCUUAGAAAAAAUUGUUUGAACUGAAAAAUAUGAUGUGGAAACAAGGCCACCAGUCGGCAUUUCAAAGUUC